CCAGCAGUGCCACCCGAAAGCUCCGCCCACCUGUGCCCAGCAGUAUCACCCACCUGUGCCCAGCAGUGCACCCACCUGUGCCACUCUGCAGUGUCACACACCUGUGCCCAGAAGUGCCACCCACCUGUGCCUAGCAGUGCCACCCAGUGCCCACCCACCUGUGCCCACCCACCUGUGCCCACCCACCAGUGCCACCCACCAGUGCUGCCAGUCAGUGCCACCAGUCAGUGCCCAGGGGUUGUGCCAGUCAGUGGCGCCAGUCAGUGCCCAGCAGUGAUGCCAGUCAGUGCCGUCUAUCAGUACCCAUCAUCAGUGUCACCUAUCAGUGCCACCUAUCAGUGC